AUGUCUGAUUCUUCAAAGAAAAUUGUCUUUUACGACAUCGCUGCCCGCCCUCCGGUGGAGAAGAACUGCUUCUCUCCAAACCCCUGGAAAAGCCGAUUCGCCCUCAACUUCAAGGGAGUCCCGUACUCGACGUCAUGGGUAGCCCUGCCAGACAUCAUCAAAGUCCGCACUGGUCUCAAUGUCCCCGCCUGUCGCAAAUUCAAUGAUGGGAAAGCCUUUUACACUCUGCCCAUCAUCGAGGACCCCUCAACCGGGUCUGUAGUCGGCGACUCCUUCGACAUCGCUGUUUACCUACAAAAGACCUACCCAACCUCUGGCGGAGGUGACCUGUUCCCCACUCAGACGCUUGACUUUGACUUCAAGCACCCUUACAUCCUCGUCCCUCUCUCAGAGUGGCGCGACAAGGAAAACCCCGAGUAUGCCAAGUUCAAUCUGAACAUCGAUGCGGCGUUUACUGCACACGUGCAAUUGGGAGUCCAGGGAAUGCCCUUCGAUCCAGCUUCUGAGGAGGAGACCAAGGCUGAAUUUAUGCGACGUGCGGGGGUGAAACAGUGGGACGAUUUCGCGCUAGUUGGCGAGGCUCGAGAGAAGGUGAUGGAGUCUCUUCGAGAAAUGCUGGGUAAUCUCGCAAAACUGUUCACAAGGGACACGAGCGGACCGUUUUUGCUUGGAAAGAAGGCCAGCUAUGCGGACAUGGUUGUUGGUGCGUGGCUGAGGAUGUUGCAUGCCACUCUGCCUGAGGAUGAAUGGGCUCAAAUUGCCAGCUGGCACGAUGGUACCUUUGGCAAGUUGCACGAGGCUCUGGAUGCCUAUGCAGAGGUGAAAUAG